AUGGCGUUCACAGAUUUACUUUGUCGAGCCUUACAACAAAAAUCACAAGAUAUCUUGCAUGCUAUGGAUUUACUUGUUGAUACAAAAUCCUCAAUUCAAGAUCUCAGAGAUGAAGGUUGGAAAGAUCUUUUGGACAAAGUACUCUCAUUUUGCAACAAACAUGGCACUCUGGUCCCAGAUAUGCAAGCUAGUUAUUCUGAUUCAAUACGAUCUCGACGUAACAAAGAUAACAUAUCAAUGGAACAUCAUUAUAAAAUUGAUGUGUUCACAACUACUAUGGAUCAGCAAUUGCAGGAACUAAAUAGUCGUUUCAGUGAGAAAAUAACAAAGCUUUUUGUCUUAAGUGCAUCCUUGAAUCCUAACAAGGGAUAUAAAAACUUCAAUGUGGAUAACAUUUGCCGUCUUGCAGAAAAGUACUAUCCUCCAGACGUUUCUAAAGAUGAUCAGUUUCAUUUGAGGUACCAACUUCAGUUAUUUUACCGAUGUGUCUCUAAUCAUGAUGAGAUGAAAAAUUUGAGUUCCAUAACUGAUUUAUGUCGGACUUUAGCUGAAAUUGGUAAGUCCAAUGUCUAUCCUUUAGUUUAUAGAUUUAUUCGACUAAUUUCAACUCUUCCUGUUAGUACAACAACUUCUGAGAGAGCUUUUUCAGCAAUGAAAAUUGUUAAAACUAGCUUGCGAAAUAAGAUGGAGGACGACUUUCUAUCGGAAUACUGGAUUAUAUAUAUAGAGAAGGAUAUUACUGAGAAAUUUACAAUCGACUCGAUCAUAGAUGAUUUUAAUUCUAUGAAAACAAGGAGAGUCCAAUUUGGAUGA